AUGACUGCACUCAGCGUUGCCAAAAGUUUAACGUCACUUACAAAUAUUCAACAAUCAUCGUCUUCAUUACAAAAAAAAGUUUCAAUUUCUUCAUCAAAUAUUAAUAAUCAUAAUAUUUCAAAAAUAAAUAAUAGUAGAAAAUCUUCUGCUUUAUUAUCAUUGAAUCGUAUACUUUUUUUCCGGAAUCAGAGUGGUAAAAAUAGAAUUUCCAAACUGGAUCGCUUACCGGAUUAUUUGCGUGGCACAAUGGAUCGGCUGAUAGGCCGGUCCAGAAGGAAAGGUGAUACAAAUAAAGAAAAUCGUGCUGCUCCGUGUAGAAAUAAGAAAGCGGGUAUCAGUUUGUCAACACAUACAAAAACCUUAUCACAACACUAUCGCAAUGAUAAAAAUACUUCAAGAAAUGACUUAUGCAUUUGUGAUUCAAUUGACAAUAAUAUGUUAAAAAAGCUGGUAUCUCUUCCGCAGGGUAUAAAUAAAAAUGAAUGGAUAGCUAGUCACUUACUUCCAUUAUAUGAUCAUGUUAAUGCAUUAUGUGGUAGUGUUUCAGAAGUUUGUACAAAUAGUGGAUGUAGUGUUAUGACUUACCCGGGUUGCCAAAAAGCAUAUUGGUUGGAUGAACGUGGCAAAAGAUACGUGUAUACAGCACCAAAUUAUAUUGAUACGGUGAUGUCAUUUUGUGAAAAAUCAAGAAAUGAUGAAGGUCUUUUUCCAACUAAACAUGGUAACGAUUUUCCUCCUUUCUACAAACAGCAUUGUAAAAAAAUGAUGAAGUUAUUAUGGCAUUGUUGUGGUCAUUUAUAUUGUAAACAUUGGGAUGAUUUAGUUAGUCUAAAUUUAGGAGGUCAAUGUUCAAUGAUUUUUGCACAUAUAACAUUUUUAGCACGAGAAUUUAAUCUUCUAGAUAGUAAUGAUUUAUCAUCAAUACAACAUAUUGUUAAUUUGAUAAGACCAAUGUAUAUUCAGAAUCCAUUAAAAUCACGAUUAUCAUCAUCUAAAAAUAAUCAAGAAAAUGUUCCAGAGACAUCGUGCUCAACAAGAGUACCAUCCUCAAAAUCGGGAAGUUGGGGAGGGUACCCAACACCUACAAUUUUAGGAUGUAAAGCAUAUGCCCAGACUUGUUAA